UUACAACCAACGUUGCCUAUCCAUUUCCACAGAUAUUCAAAGAAUAACAGACACAACCGAACUGACGCACUGCGCACAGAUGACAGAAGGAGAGAGCUAGAAUUUUGGACACUCAGCUAUCUUUCCGUUUCCAUGGCGAUAUCUUCAUCUUUUCUUCACCCCCUUCACCAAAAUUUGUACCCGAAAUACCCUCAUCUUUCUCGUAAUUCCCGAAUUUUCCAUCCUCGUCUCCAGUUUUCCUCGCUCAGGUUCCACUCCACGAUUCGCGCCACUUCAGCAGUUGCUCUUGAACGAGAUUUAGGCAAACAGGAAGAGCAGAGUCAAACUUUGGAAGUUGACCCAUUUGCUUGUCCAAUCUGUUAUGAGCCUCUCAUAAGAAAAGGCCCGCCUGGUUUUAAUUUGUCCGCAAUCUACCGGUCUGGUUUCAAAUGUAAGAAAUGCAACAAAACAUACACCAGCAAAGACAAAUAUCUGGACCUCACAAUUACUGCUGCAAUGAAAGAAUAUACUGAAGUCAAACCUGCUAGGAGCGAGCUAUUCCGGAGUCCACUUGUUUCAUUCUUGUAUGAGCGAGGAUGGCGUCAGAAUUUUAAUCGAAGUGGCUUUCCUGGUCCUGAUGAGGAGUUUAAAAUGGCCCAGGAGUACUUCAAACAAGCAGAAGGUGGUCUCCUAGUGGAUGUUAGCUGCGGCAGUGGAUUGUUUUCCCGAAAAUUUGCCAAAUCUGGGACCUAUUCUAAAGUUAUUGCACUUGAUUUUUCUGAAAACAUGCUUCGCCAAUGUUAUGAUUUCAUUAAGCAAGAUGUUACUAUCUCAAAUACGAAUCUUGCUCUUGUUCGAGCUGAUGUUUCAAGACUUCCCUUCCCAUCAGGUUCAGUCGAUGCUGUUCAUGCUGGUGCAGCCUUACAUUGCUGGCCUUCUCCUUCAAAUGCUAUUGCUGAAAUCUGUCGUGUAUUGCGAAGCGGUGGGGUCUUUGUCGGAACCACUUUUCUUCAAUACAGUGCAACCACUUCCUGGAUACUACGGCCCUUCCGACAGAGAAUACAGGAGAAUUAUUUCUAUUUCACUGAGGAGGAGAUCGAGGACUUGUGCACAUCAUGUGGUCUUACCAACUACAAAAGCAAAGUUCAGCAAUCCUUCAUCAUGUUCUCUGCUGAGAAGCCUUCAGACUAGGUAUAGAUUACUUAAACAACGUUAUGUCUAUUAUUGGACUUAUCAUAUUACCUUUCUGUUGUAUAUUUCAGUUGUAUAGACAUGUAAAAUUAGCAAGACCUGAAAAGGUGAUAACCUGGGGAAGAUGUAAAGUUUCAUCGUUAAUAAAAAAAAAUAUAUCAAAUUUGUUUUCU